UCUAAGAAAAUAUUGUCGGUAAACACAGUUCACCUUCUUCCUUCUUCCUUUCUCUCUCGGUUUCUCCGCAGAGAAACUGAGGAUUAUAGGCAAUAGAGGGUUCAAGCUAGAAACCCGAACUUGUAAGCUACAAAUUUUAGCUUCGUCUCUGUUUCAAGUGGUGCGUACAUUUCACUUACAUUAUGGAUUCUAGUAAUUGCCCAAGAUGUCAUUUUGCCAGUUUUGGUUGUGUCGUGGCGGUGGUUAUGGUUUUUUUCACCGUCGGCAUUGCUUCCGCCGGCAGUCUACAACGUGUUAAAGACCCACAUUGGCACAUUGCCUCAGCCACUUGGUACGGCAGUCCCAACGGUGAUGGUAGUACCGGUGGGGCAUGUGGGUACGGGUCAAUGGUGGACGUGAAGCCAUUCAGGGCAAGAGUAGGGGCCGUGAGUUCGAUUUUAUUCAAGAAUGGCGAAGGUUGUGGUGCGUGUUACAAGGUAAAAUGCUUGGACAAAUCUAUCUGCAGUAAAAGAGCCGCGACAGUUAUUAUUACAGAUGAAUCUCCAGCAUUGACCAAAGGCCGAGUUCACUUUGACCUUAGUGGCUCGGCCUUUGGUCGUAUGGCUGUUAAAGGAAAUAGCGGCAAUCUGCGCAACCGUGGUAAAAUCUCCAUCAUUUACCGCCGGACUCCGUGCGUGUAUCCUGGAAAGAACAUUGCCUUUCAUGUCAAUGCAGGCUCAACAGCUUAUUGGCUCUCUCUUUUGGUAGAGUUUGAGGAUGGAGAUGGUGAUAUUGGAUCCAUGCAUAUUAGAGAGGCAAGGUCCAAACAAUGGUUAAAGAUGACACACCUAUGGGGAGCAAAUUGGUGUAUUAUUGGUGGACCAUUGCAAGGACCAUUUUCAGUGAAGUUAACAACAUUGUCAAAAAGAAGAACUCUCUCAGCAAGAGAUGUUAUUCCAAGCAAAUGGUCUCCUAAAGCCACUUAUACUUCUCGACUUAAUUUCUCUAAGUAGCACAAAAUUCAGAAGAACUAAUUAAAAUACUAAAAAACCCGUAACAAUAACGCAUAUUGAAGUGUGCGCAAGCUGAUUCAAGCACCAUGAUUAUAAAAAUAACAUCUGCUGAAGUAGCUCGCUUUGUCGAUUGGUUUUUUUUAAAGGAAAAUUUAGCCUUUGGAUCAGUAUAAUAAUUAGUAUCCGAGGCUUAUUCCUUUUUUUUAAACCCUUUUAUUGUGGUCUUUUAUUGUUGAUGUAACUUUCUUUUUCUCUUAAUAUUUUGUAGGCUGCUUGUAAGGGUUGUUAAUAGUAGCCCUCUCCAAAGGAGAGUGAGCCCUUUGUGUUUUUUUUAUUCCUUUUUUUUUGGGUGUAAACGUAAUUUUUUUUUUGUUUGGGUUGUCUUUCUCUGGUUUUAACUGAGGGAGGACCAAUAUUAUAUAUAUUCAAUGUGUUAUUGCUUAUAUGAAAACAUAAAAUGAAGUGUAAUGAAUGAUGUGGGAACUUUCUGUCUUGGUA